ACGCAUCACUGGCUUUACCGUUAUUUUGACCAAGCUGUCACUCACGCUCCCUCAGAUAUCUCCCUUUCCCUCUGAAACCGAAGCGGGACAACUACUCAGGAUUCUGACACAUAGAGACAGAUUUUUUAAAGGAUUUCUCCUCUGCGGUUAAAACAUCUCAUAAGAUGAAUCUAGGUGCAGGCUGGGUGUGGCGCCUGCUGUUCCUUUCCUCUAUGGUCUUGGCGGCCAUCGCAUCUAGCCAUGAGCAUCCAGAAUCGGAAGCUCUGGGCAGCGAUGGGGGUCUAGACGAGGAGGAGCUGCAGGUUCUCAUGGCAGAUGAUGAUGAAGAGGAGGAAGCAAUGGUGACAGAUGAAGAACAGUUUGAGGAGGAUAAAGACGGAGCUGAAACGUCUGAAAUUGACGCUAAUGUUACCUUCCAGGUGACGUACAAGACUCCUGUUCCCACUGGAGAUGUGUAUUUUACAGAAACGUUUGAUGAUGGAUCACUGGACAGAUGGCAGCUAUCAAAAACUAUGAAGGAGGAUGCUGAUGAAGACAUCGCCAAAUAUGACGGAAAGUGGAUGGUGGAGCCACUGAAGGAGAACAAGGUUCCAGGAGACCAGGGCCUGGUGCUCAAGUCUCGGGCGAAACAUCACGCCAUAGCUGCGAUGCUGGACAAACCUUUUGUCUUCCAGGAUGAACCUCUGGUAGUCCAGUAUGAGGUGAAUUUCCAAGAUGGUAUUGACUGUGGUGGAGCGUACAUCAAACUGCUGUCAGACUCUGGCAGUCUCAGUCUGGAACAGUUCCAUGACAGGACGCCCUACACCAUCAUGUUCGGACCCGACAAAUGUGGAGAGGACUACAAGCUGCACUUCAUCUUCCGCCACAAAAACCCCCUGAACAAAGACAUGGAGGAGAAGCACGCCAAGAGGGCCGACGUGGACCUGAAGAAGUUCUACAUAGACAGGAAGACCCACCUCUACACCCUCGGUAUGUGGCUGAUUAAUGAGGAGCGUCUUUUUUUUUUUUUUUUACAUUUUAUUUAUCACUUCUGUUUCCUUUUAGUCCUGAACCCGGACAACAGCUAUGAGAUGUUCAUCGAUCAGUCCAGCGUGAGCCGUGGGAACCUGCUCUCCGACAUGGUGCCUCCUGUAAACCCGCCCAAGGAGAUCGACGAUCCAAAUGACUCCAAGCCGGACGACUGGGACGAGCGGGCCAAGAUUCCUGACCCUGAGGCUAUGAAGCCUGAUGACUGGGACGAGGAUGCACCUGCAAAGAUUGAGGACCCUGAUGCCUUAAAGCCUGAGGGCUGGCUGGAUGACGAGCCAGAGUUUGUCUCUGACCCGAACGCAGAGAAACCAGAAGACUGGGACGAGGAGAUGGAUGGAGAGUGGGAGGCACCGCAGGUUCCUAACCCAGCCUGUGAGACUGCCCCUGGCUGCGGGGAGUGGAAGAAACCAAUGAUCAACAACCCACAGUAUAAGGGCAAGUGGAAAGCCCCUCUGAUUGACAACCCCAACUAUCAGGGAGUGUGGAAGCCACGGAAAAUGAUGAACCCCGAAUAUUUCGAGGACCUGCAUCCCUUCAGGAUGACACCUUUUAAAGCUGUGGGUCUAGAGCUUUGGUCCAUGACCUCAGACAUUUACUUCGACAAUUUCAUCAUCACGUCUCAUAAGGAGGUCGCUGACCGCUGGGCCUCAGACAGCUGGGGGCUGAAGAAACUGGUGGCAAGUGCCAACGAGCCGGGGAUAUUUGCCCAGCUGAUGAUGGCAGCCGAGGAGCGACCCUGGCUCUGGAUAAUCUACAUCCUGACAGUCGGCCUCCCUAUUGGCCUGGUUGUGCUCUUCUGUUGGCCAAAGAAACCUGUAGAUGACUAUGUGUACAAAAAGGUCGAACUACCUCAGGCUAGAAUAGAAGAGGAGGAUGAGGAGGAGGAAGAAGAAGAGGAAGGGGCGGCAGACGAGGAAGACAAAGAAGCUGAACCAGCAGCAGGUGAAGGUGUGACGGAGGACAAUGGUGCACAAGAGGACAAUCAAGAGGGGGCAGAUAAUGGAGAAGAAGAAGAGAUGGAGGAAGAAGAGGAAGAGGAAGAAGCUGAGGAAAGCAACACUCCAGAAAGAACAUUAGAAGAUGAGCAGGGAGAUGAAGGCAACGUUGCUGAAGAGAGCCACAAACAAGCCGUCAGAAAGAGGAGGGUACGGAAAGACUGAGGCCAGCCUCAUACCCGCCAUCUCUUCUCCUCCGUGGGAGAGAAGGUGAAAGUGGUCUUCUCUGUUCUAGCUGCUCUCUCCUCCCUGAGUGGAGCAGCGUGGCAUUUCCUCCAACCCAGACGGUAGCCUGCAGUCACCCGGCCGCCCCAUCUGUGUCUCAGCUCUGAACCACCUAGCCCAGGUUUUCAGCCUCAAAGACCCACACACCCCGUUCCAUGUCUCCCCCUUCCUCCCAUCUGCUCUGUGGGAGGAGCCAGCCAGAGGUGACGUCUUCUUGUCCCCCCCCGUCUUCCACCGUCUCUAGCCUCCGUAUCGUUUCCAACCUUCAUCUGUGUCAGACGUCAACAUCUUCCUCCUGUUUUUACCUUCUCUCUCCACAAACCAUCCACCUGCUGUCCUUAAAGCAGCACAGCCUCAGGCUGCUGUUAACACACUUUAUAAUUUUACGGCAAACGCAGAGUUUUAUUCACGUCUGUUCUUCAUUUGAGGGGAAAGUUUCACAAUAAUUGUCGUUUCAAAACACUGAGGCUAGAGUGAAGGCUAACCAGUCCUCCUCAGCUUGGUUUAAAGAAUCCAGCUAAGAAAACCAAUAUUGCAUUUGCUGUUUUGACUUUUAGCUAGUUUGUAAUGAGCAUCUUAACUUUUUUAAUGUGAAGUUGAAAAUGAGCUCCGAUCUUCUAUUUAUUGGUUUGAAUUUGUUUCACGCCGUUAUGAAUAAAGGUUUAAUAUUAAAGAUCUGA